CGGGGCGAGUGGGCGGCGGGACGCGGCCGCGUGUCGAGCGGAGCCCGGAGGCGGGAGCGACCGCGGAGGAUCCCACUCCACGUCAAGUUGGAAGCGUAGCGCGACGCCUCACCGACCGGCUCGCUCCGACCGCUCGCUGUCCCCGCGCGGGAAACUACGCACACGCAUUUUCAGAACAUUCUGAAAACUCACGCUCUCUGUGAAUACUACGCCGAGUUCCUCCACCUCCUUGGAUUUCUAUAAUGUUCAGUGUUUGUGACGUACAACUAAGCAGACGAACAAAUUAAUCACCAAGUUUGAUAAGGAUGUGUGUUGGAGACAUUACAGUGUUAAUAAGUGAAAGUAAUUUACAUAUUUGUUUAUUAUGUUAGUUUAAUCAUGAGGGAGAUAAAAGCUGGAAACAUGAAGAAGAGGAAUCACAGCCAGACGUCGGAAAAGCCGAAGGGAAAACGAAGGAAAUUCCGUGACUAUGCGGAGAAGUUGGCGAGAGUCGCCAGGGAGGAGGCCAGGCCAGAACAAACACAAGAAACUCCACCGACGAUAUAUUUCCCGGGCUCUUGUGGCUUGCAUUCAUGCGGCAAGGAAGCAGCAUGCAUGCCAUACAACAGUACGUCGCACUACUGCCGCUGCACUUCCAACGGGCUGCCCGUCACCCACGACUUCAAAUGCCCCAGAAGCACAGUUCCUGUGACUCUGAAGCCUAUAUUGAAUGUGAUCCCUCCGAGGACGUCGAAUGCCUCUGACACCAGAUACCUGUCGUCAGCGCCCACCGCACAAAUAUCCAAAUCGUCAAGCAGUGGAGAAAUAUUCGCGGAAUCUACGACUGGGAACGGCUCACUAAUAGAUACGGGUAUGAGUGCCGGCGUGGGCACUUUAAUAGCCGUCACAGUUUCGGGGGCCGUUACUUUAAUACUACUGGUCUCUAUUAUCCUACUGUACCUCAAAAAGAGAAUGUGUCGGGUCGAUGGCAAAACACAACCUCGUGUGCGACCGGGAGAGCCUCUGCUUGCUGAAAGGUAUAUAACGAACCCUCAGUAUGGAGUCUACGGAGCUGGCAACGUUCCGGUACCAGGCACUCCAGGAGUUAUGGACACUGAUGAUACCAACAAGUCCCAGGUCCAGCUUCUAGACAGAAACGCCCUCACAUUCCUUGAAGAGGUUGGUGAAGGAUGCUUUGGCAAAGUCCAUAAAGGACUUCUCAGAACUACCGCUGAUGAACAAGUAGUAGCCAUUAAGGUGCUGAAGGAAAGUGCAGGUCGCAAUGCUGAAGAAGACUUUGUGCGGGAAGUCUCCAUAAUGUCUGCGUUCAGGCAUCCCAACAUUCUUGCUCUUGUUGGAGUUGUAUACAGAGAUGACAUCAACGCGAGCCCCUGGAUGGUUUUCGAAUACAUGGAGUGGGGUGACCUGGCCGGCGUUCUUAGAGGCUCCCGCGGAGGAGGCAGGCCGGGGCCAAUACUGGAUGAACAUGCUUUACUACAUGUAGCGCUGCAGAUAGCACGAGGCAUGCAGUACCUCGCUUCACGAAGAUUCGUCCAUCGAGAUCUAGCAGCGAGGAAUUGUCUUGUUGGUGCAAACCUCACAGUGAAAAUAGCAGACUUUGGCAUGUCACGAGAUGUCUACACGUGUGACUACUACAAAAUGGGCGGCGAGCGACCCAUGCCCGUACGAUGGAUGUCACCGGAGAGUAUUGUGUACGCUCGGUUCACGCACGAGUCCGACGUGUGGUCGUAUGGCGUAGUGCUGUGGGAGAUAUACAGCAGAGGCAAACAACCUUUCUAUGGACAAAACAACGACGGCGCUACCAAGUUAAUUUUAAGAGGUAUAGUGCUAGUGCCCCCCGAGGACUGCCCCCGCUUCGCUGGUGACUUAAUGCGCGCAUGUUGGAAGGCUGACCCUCGAGAUAGAAUAGGUUUCGAUGAAAUAUGUAGAAAAUUAGAGGAUGCAGCGGCUGGUGGCCAGGCAAUGCAGGUGCGACUUCCACGACCUCCGCCUCCACCACAAGACUCCACAGGGUACUUGAUCCCGAAGGAGCAGCUGCCGGUAGACUACCUGAAGCUGUCGCUGCCGACGCCCGAGGACCACGCCGAGAUGGAGGCCGCGUUCGAGUCGAGCGAGGACGAGGACGAGGACGAGGAGUACACCUGACAGCCGGCGCGGCGGCCGGCCUCGCAGUACGUGGCGCGCUCCUCGCCCUCGGCUCUCUCCUGCACAUUCCGUACACAGACUAGCGACUUCCCACAGUUUCAGUGUUAGCUUCGAGUGGUUGACACGUUGGAAGUGACUUCGAUGAAGUCGGGAAUGUAACUUCGAUAGAGUCAAAUACUCAAUUACCUACCUAAGUGUGAUAUUUUUCAUAAUAAUAAUACUACUGUACAUCUACGGACUUUCACUUGCUAUGGACUAUAGAGGUUGAUUGUACGUCUCUAUGAUAUUUAAAUUGUGUUGUGUAUUUAAUGGAUAUGUUAGUUAGUAAGUUAAUAAAUCUGUGUGCCAUAUGCCAAAAAUAAAAGUACGUACCUAAUUGUAAGACGAUAGAACAAUUUAUGUCUACCAUAAUAAUUUUAUGUAUUUAAUAAACUAUCUAAGAACUUGUCUACUUUUGUAUUGAUAGAUUUUUUAUGAGAAAUCUUUCACCUAUCCUACAUAUAGGAAACAAAUGUUUUAUUGCUAAAAUGUACCUUAUGUAAGUAGGUGUUGACUGUUGACUGAAAUUUGUAUCUGUUGAUAAAAUGUAGCUAGGUGUGUUUACAACGAUCUUUAUAAUAAAAUUAAGCAUUUAGUAAUACAUACUUUGUAGUUAGACAUUUAUCCUAGUCCUAGACUAUGUUUUUACAGUUUGUGAAUAUUUGAGUGUCAGUUCAAGUUUUAGAGAUACAAUAUUUAAAAUAACUGUUUUACAAUCGGUUUCAUUAUUAAAUAUACAGUUAUACUAAAUAAUUCCCACAGAGCCGUAUUAUCCCUAAAACGCGCGGCUCGAAAUGUGCGUGCCCAACUACCCAAAGAGUGAUGGUGGUGCCAAAAAGAAAUUAAGGGUGUCACAAUAUUAUUAAGGUCCGUUAGUACCUUCUUAAAGUACAUAACUACAUACCUACUACAGAUGUUCAAUGACAAUCAAAUUAUUUUUGGAGUUGUAAAGGUACCUACAUCAUCGUAAAAAGAAACAGAAACCCGCGGCAGGACGAUUUGCCCUUAAUAUGACUAUCGAAAUAUAGAGUUAAAUAUCAUUAUUGAAGGAAAAUUGAGUUAUUAUGUGGUUAAUAUUAUACUUUACUUAAUCAUUCAGCCGUGGGAAAAUAAAUUAUUGUCAAUUUUUGUAUUUAUUUAAUUAAAAAAAGAACAAGAACGUGUAAAAAUUAAUACUUAGGUAACCUUUAAAACAAUUAAUUUUUCAAAAUUUACAAAAUAAUUACAUAGUACCUAUUCUAUGCUGGAUACAAGAUAAAUGAUAAAAGAUGUAUAAAAAUAAAGUGUUAUCACAAAGACUG